UCGAACCUGAAUUGUUCGUUAAGAAAUAUCUUGUUAUUAGAUUUAAUAACAAUUUGGUUUUCUGUAUAAAGAAGAAUUGUAUUGUUACAACAAACGUCAAGUUUAUUUGUUUCAAAUCUGGAUGAUAAUACAAUGAUCGCGGCUUCAGAACCUUUGGAGUUUGUGCCUCAUGGCAGGACAGUACUUGCAAAGCAUCCCGGUCAGAUCUAUGGUAAAGGGCUUAAUAAUUCCUCAUCGGAGAACUCUCUUAUGUACAAAUUGGCUAACUUUGCCAUAAAGGAUGAGAGUUUGCUCGAAAGUAAGGAUUCUGGAGAGGAGUGGUGGUGCAUCAGAGAAAUUUAUUAUAGAGAAACUGUUGAUAUAGAUGAAGAUGAGACCCAGCAAUCAACCAAAGAGAAAUAUGAAGACUCUUUCAGACCUCCAAGUAGAAUUAAACCAGAAUUUAACAUAUCUAUUAAAUCAGAAUUACUUAGCGGUAUAAAGAGACCCGAAGCUGAAGCAGGUACUUCACAAGGGGGUAGUGCAAAUAGUUCUAGCAACAUGUCUAAGAAAUUCAAUUUAAAUUCGUCACAGAAUAAACAACCAAUAACAAAACCUUUAAAUCCAAAGACUGACUGUUGUUAUGAAGAGGAACUUUAUGUAAAGGGUUGUACUGCUGUUUGGUCUAAAGGCUUAAUAUCAACACCUGGUACUAAGUUAUCAGGACCUGAACAGAGAGAAACAAUAGCUUGUUACACUAUAGAGAACCCAAUCAAACAUGCAGCGUUCUGCAACUUUCAUAUUGGAAUUAACAAUACUAUGUUACUAGAUGCAUUAAACUCACAAAUAGGUGAUGUCAAGAAAAAUAUCAAGAUUGAAGAUACAACGGAACAUAUAGAAACAAAUAUAAUGCCAUCAAUAUUAUUAAUGGACAGCAAAUGUAUGAGAGUUUACGCUGUAGAUGGUCGAGAAUAUAUAACAAGUAUACCGUUCCAAGUUAAAAAAGUAUGGCCCACGAAAUACGGAGUUCUACUAGAAAAAGAACCAUUACCUCAACUAAACAAUUCAUUAUUACCAACAUCAUUUUUAAAAUUCAACGAAUCCUGCAACAGUUCUUUAUACAAAUCAAAGGCAAAUGUGCCUUUUAACAUGAGUGCAAAGUUACGAGCUGAAUCCCUGGUUGGAUAUGACCAGGAAUAUCCAUUACCCACGUGUUUUUCACUAUCACAUCCAUUGGAUGAAGUCAUACCCAUAUUAAUCAAGUCACCAUCUCAAGGUUUACAAUAUUACAGCGACGGGGAUGUUCAAAUAAUAUUUGUUAGUGUCAACCCUAGUAUAAUUUUAUUAUACGAUUGGAAGCUAGGAUAUCACUCAUUAUGGAAGAUUCGAAAAGCAACAAGAGAGGAAUGUUUAAACAUGUGUCCGAAUAUAAACUCAACAACGACAGUGUUCAGUCAAUCUUGUGAUUUCGUUGGCAGCCCUAUGCAAAGUAUGGUAAAAAAUACAACCAGUUGGAAUGCUGGUAGUCCGUUUCAAUCGAAGAAAGGUAUGAAUACACCAAAUCGAUCUCGUCAGAACAGUCCUAUGGCACAUAUAUUCCAUCAGCAAGGGUUAUCACCUCAUGCCUCUAUCGGACAAGCAUCAUCAACUUCGAUGUUAGCAAAUUCAAUAACACAAACACCGCCAUCUUUGCCUUUAUACCCGGAUAUAUGUUUAGAUCACAUUUGGACAGACAGUCAAGUGAUACGGAGAGAUCAAGUGGAAAGUCCCACCGAUAUAAAAACUUUCUUACAUACAGAUCUUGUUGGUCAUGAUUAUCUCUGUUUUCUUGUGAAGGUUGGAGGUGCAAAUAAAUUACAGAUUUUAAGAUUGCAGCGGUCACAUUCUCACGGACAGCUUUUGAAGAGCAAUUUAAUUGUGGGUGCCGUCUCCUCAGUUUAUGCAAAAGAUGCUGUUGUACUAAAUGACUUAAAGAUGAUUGCGUUGAUUGAUGAAUCUGGUAAUAUUAUACUGCAGUCGGGGAACAGUGUUGUUGGCAAGGUACACGUGGGCGGUGUACUCGCGCGCUUGCUGGACUCGCCGUACACGAAGCGCGCUGCGCACCCGCUGGCGCUGCCGGUGCUGCAGUCGCCGUUCCCUCGGCGCAGCAGUCUGCUGCCCAGUCGCAGCGACUGCGCCUUCGACGACUCCGCCCUGCAUCUCCUCUCCCCCGUCCCCCACUCCUCCGUCUCCAGGAUUGAGCACAAAGAAAGCUUGGGUCUGCGCGGGCUGUGCGACGCUGCAGGACGUCGGCUCACACUGUGUCUGGAGAACGGCGUGUUGUACCGCAUUGCGCUCCCACCACUCGCAGCCGCCGCACUCCCCCCUCGCGCUGCACACGCACUGCGCGCGCUGCUGCCCAGGGACAUCGCCAUGCAGGUGUUAAUAAAAUGGUAUGGUGUAAGGAACGCUCCGGGUACACAAGAUUUAACACCAGAACAGGAAUGGUCGAUGUUCUCGAAACUUCUACUUACUUUGAUCGGAUACGACGUAGAAAGACUGGGCCAGAUGCGUCAGAGUGAUGAGGAUGGUGCAGAAGUUGCCAGCAAGAAACAGAGGACGUCCAGUGAUGGUACACAGGACGAUUGGGAUUAUCUUCUAAAUUCUAGAAUGCAUAAAGCCAUCGGCAGCUCACUUGCCUGUAUGCUAAACCUUAGUCCAACACAACCGGAGUCAAAACAUUGGAGAGGAAAGACAAAGACUAUAGAAACUGAUAAACCGGUGCAAUUUAAUACAAAUUCACUUUUAUUCCCGUAUAUGUUACAAGUUUUUUACGCUUUCCAUUUAUUAUAUGAAGAUUUAAAAUUAAAUGUAUUACUCUCGAGUAAUUUGAAACCUUUAUCUUCAUUUUUAUAUCAAUUAGCGAAAGAUUUAAGAUUAAAUAAUUAUGUGAAUCAUUAUUGGUUGGAUUUUCCUAAUGAUUAUCAUUAUGAAUAUAUGGAAAAGGAGUCUCAAGUGACGGAUGUUAUGUUAAAGAAGCUCUCUCCACCGAAUUACUUCUCACCGGAGCCUCCGGGGAUAUUCAGCUAUUUGAAUUCUAUGUUGAAGAACUGUGAUGUCGGAUAUUAUCCUUAUUUGCCUGAAGUUAAUGAUACCUGUCGGGAUCUUAUUGAGAUACUGAGUACAGUGGGUUGUGGGAGCGGCGCGGGAGUGCAGCCGCUCAGCCAGCAGGUGUUGGGCAGCAGCACUCCGCGCCCGCGCAGAGACUCCGGCCCUGCGCCUGCGCCGCACGCACAGGCCGCACUGCUCGCCGCAGACAGAGGUAUAACAUUGAGGGGCAUAGACAACUUCCCGCCAGCUAUAGGUCUGAUGCUGCUGAGCAUCUUCAACCGGUCGAAGAGUACUCCACCUACAGACUGGCCUCCGCAGGCUUACUGCCUCGUGAUGCGAGAGGACCUCGCCGCACUCACACACACCGCAGCCGCCAUGACAGACACACACGAGUACCUGGAGACAUUGGCUCUGGAAGCCCUGGAAAAGGAGACAGCGUACUCCGUGGUGACUAAAGGGACGGAGGAGGGAGGUGGAGGGGGAGCGGCGGGUGCGGCGUGGGAGGAGGAGGCCACCGGCAUGGAGCAUCUCAACACCAAGCUGCUGGCGCUGCUCUACCCCAGGGACCAUCGUAUGACGGAGGUGUUCCGACUGCUGCAGUCUUCAAUCCCGGCCACCAUCAACCUGACGCAGCGGCCCGAGGUCUCCGACCACGACUUCAUCGAGGAACAGGAGAAGUACCUGUACGCGAUCACCACCAGGACCACGGCGUUGCCCGUCGCCAGGGGCAUGGUGACGCUGCGCAGUGUGCCAGCAGGUGCGACAGAGCCUGCACGUGCAGCACGGCUGUGUGUGUCAGGACGUGGACCUCCUCCGCGAUGUCACGCUAUCACGCUGAGUGAUGCCGCACCUGCUGCACUGCUCUGGCCCUCCUUCCACAAUGGCGCUGCAGCAGGACUAGCACUGGUACCUGUCGCCGGACGUACCAUACACCAUAGCUGGAUAGUCUACAACAAGCCCAGGGGCACUCAGGAUAUGUCUGCGGAGCACGCUGGCUUCCUGCUGGCGCUGGGACUGAAUGGUCACCUGCGCGAUAUGCCAUACAUGAACAUGUUCGACUACUUCGUCAAGUGCAACGAGAUGAUCAGCAUCGGCCUGCUUCUAGGCCUCGCCGCAACAUACAGAGGUACUAUGGACGUGCAAGCUACGAAGAUGAUGAGUAUUCAUCUGGAGGCUCUACUGCCGCCCACUUCCAUCGAGCUGGACAUCCAGCAGAACAUCCUGGUGGCUGCGCUUCUUGGUGUUGGUCUGCUGUACCAGGCCACCGCUCAUGCGCACUACGCACAGGUCCUUCUCAAUGAGAUAGGCAAGCCGCCGGGUCCGGAGCUGGAGAACUGUGUGGAGCGUGAAGGGUACGCGCUGGCGGCGGGGCUGGCGCUGGGGCUGGUUUGUGUGGGCGCCGGAGACUCCGCCCCACCUCACCUCGCACCUCGCCUACGCGCCUACGUCCUCGGUGGAGACAGACAUACAUACGGUCGCGAGGGCGGUGGUGUGGGCGUGUCUUGUGCGGCGGGGGGCGGGGCUAACGUGGACGUGACGUCACCGGGUGCCACACUGGCGCUGGGGCUGCUGUACCUGCGUGCGGGUCAGUGUGCACCCGCCGCAUGGCUCGCACCCCCCACCACACCCUACCUGCUAGACUUCGUGCGACCUGACCUUCUCAUGCUAAGAGUCAUCGCUAGAGGUCUGAUCCUUUGGGAUAGUAUCGAAGCGUCUGAGGAGUGGGUGGAGGAGCAGGUGCCGGCCACCAUCCGUCCAUACUGCUUCGUUAAACCCAGCGACGACAACAUCGACUACGAGGCCAUGAACCAAGCAUACUGCAAUAUAAUAUCUGGUGCGUGUUUCGCACUGGGGCUGCGGUUCGCCGGCUCCGGUGAUGAGGAUGCGCUGGAGGCUGUGCUGAGCAGCGCUCGGAGACUGCUGGGAGCACCCGGCCGCCGCCUCGCCCAUCUCGCAGGAGCCGCCACCAUAGAGACCUGUCUCUGUGUCUGUCUGCUCGCCGCCGGCAUGAUAAUGAGCGGGCGCGGUGAUCUGCGUGUAUUGAGGCUGUGUCGGCGGCUGCGCGCGCGCAUCGCAGUACGCGGCCCGCAGACCUCCGCUACACAACCACACGCCCUCUCACAUGGAGCACAGAUGGCGGUGCACUGCACAGUGGGGCUGCUGUUCCUGGCGGGAGGGCGCGGCACCCUGAGCACCUCGCGCACCGCACUCGCCGCACUCCUCAUCGCCUUCUUCCCAAAGUUCCCCACACACAGCGAGGACAACAGGUACCAUCUGCAAGCGUUCCGCCAUCUGUACGUGCUGGCUGUGGAGCCGCGUCUGCUGCUGCCCCGCGACCUCGACACCGGGAAACUGUGCUACGCUCAUCUCCAGGUGGUGGACUUGCAGGGCGUCGUCAAGGAGAUGAAGGCGCCCUGCAUCAUCCCCGAGCUGGACAGCCUCAAGGAGGUGAAGAUCGACGACCCGCGCUACUGGCCCAUUGUCUUCCGCAGGGACCAGAACUGGGACCAACUCAAAAAAUUCCUGAACUUCACGUGGUGCAUAGACAUAAAGCAGCGCGCCGGCUGCCUGUCUUACGUGUCGGACCCUCACGGCUUCCUCACCAUCCUGGCGCACACCCUCACACUGGACAAGACCAACAUGUGGCUCGCCACGCCGGACAACAUCGACCUCUUCACCAACGACGACAAAGUGCGCAGCUUCGUCAAACAUCACCUGCAGGGCGAGCCGGCGCCGGGCGCGGGGGGCGCGGGGGGCGGGGCGGGGGGCGUGUCCGGAGCUGCGGGGGGCGGGGCCUGCGCAGACUGCCUCGUGGCGCUGCGGCGACGCGGGGCGGCGCGGGGCGAGGGCGUGACGCGCACGUGCCGCUGUCGCCGCUACAGCCGCGAGGAGGAGGAGCACGCGCAGGCGCUCAGCAUGCUCACAUACGAGUGCCUCGUCAAGGACUCGCUCUGCGCCCUGCCCGUCUGGGCCACAUUCCUCAAGAUAAUAAAGACGAUGCGAACGGAGCCGACGUCGUACGACGUGUGGCAGGUGCGGCUGUUGGUGUCUCUUGCUGAGCAGCAGGGUGCGGCGGCGGCGGCGGAGAUGCGCGUCGACGGGGACGAGGCGCUCGCCGAGCCGCUCGUCUCCGCGGAACUCGCGCUCGCACUCAAGCAGCGAGUCGCCGCCUUGUUGGACGACUGGCAGCCGCGUCUGGCGCCAGCACUGCGCCGGUAUGCUGGCGUAGGCGGUGCUUCCAGUGCUGGACGACGUGCCGGUGAUGAGACACGACACGCGCUGGCCGCCUAUGUCCUGUACCACGGAGUACGCGCGGGGCAGUGCGGGGCGGGGCGGGCGCGUGCUGCGGCGCUGGCCUGUGCGCCCUCCCCGCCCGCCGCCGCCGUCGCUGCGCUCGCGCCGCUGCUCAGCUGA